AUGGCAGCAACAUUCAUAAUCAUUAUUAUUGUGGUCAUUAUCAUUCUAAGGUAUAUCACUUAUUUUGCUUGGAACAAAAAUAAACGAUCGAAUAUUAUAUUGACUGGUGAUGCGGCACAUAAUAUACUAAAAUCAAGUGAUUACACGCGACAUAAAUCUAACGAAUGGCUUAUAGAUACUUUGUCUAUUGUAAAUCCAUUCACUAUUAAUGAUGAAUCUCUUCUUAAAGCAUUUAAAAAUAAAGUUAUAACAACAUUAGCACAUUGGAGUAAUGAGAAAAAUUAUGAAAACCUUGUUUCAACAAUUGAAAAUCGAAUUAAAUAUCGACUUUCAUUAUUACAAUUAAAUAAUUCAAAAUUUUAUUUAUCAAAAUUAGUCAAACAAGUAACAUUGGAUUCAUUUCUUUCGAGUAUUCUCAAUGUUAAUGCUACCGAAGAACUUCUUACAGAAUUACCUGAAUUAAUUAUUUAUCUUUGGAAAAAUCGUUAUGAUAAAAAAGCUCAAGAUCGUUUACAAAAAUUACUUUUAGCUAAUAAAAAUAAAUUUUCCCAAUCGGAUAUUUGGCAACAAAUUCAAACUAUAUUAUCCAAUCAUUCAAAUAUCAUUUCAAAAAUAGUAAUAAAUGAUUUUGAUGAAAAAAUUUCUAAUCCAUUGAAUAUUAUUAUUCCUGGAUGGGAAACAAUGUGGCGACUGGUAUUUUAUUCAUUACUUGAACUCCUUCGUCAACCGAAAUUACUUUGCGAACUACGUUUACAAUUAAAUAAUUAUUCAAAAUCCUAUCGAGAUUGUCUUUUGCUUACAUGGAUUUUAAAAGAAACAUUACGAUUAUAUCCACCGACUAAAAAUAUCUAUCGAACAAAUUUAAAAACUGGUCAACAUGUAUGCAUUAAUGUUCUACUAAUUCAUCGUGAUAAAAAUGUAUGGGGUUCUGAUGUACUUGAUUUUAAUCCUUAUCGUUUUAAGGAAAAAUUAACUGCUGAACAGGAAAAAAGUUAUUUACCAUUUUCAAUAUCUUGUCCAGCUCGAUUUAAUUUUGCUUACACAUUUGCUGGUGCAAUCGUAGCUAAAAUCCUUGAAUAUUGUCCUACUUUUAGUAUUACUGAAGAAGCAGCACCAUUACCUAAUGAUCAGUUAUUAGAUCUAGCUCGUGACUCAUAUAAUGAUUUGGUUGCAAUCAAGUAA